CUAUGCAACUGAGAUUAAAGAGGAAUCUGACAGGCUGUUACUCUGAGUACAAAGCACCAGAGAUCAAUCUUUCCAAUCCCCCUCACGGAAAAUAUAUGCACUCCACAGUAGUCGUCUCGGUUUGGAUAAACAACAUUACGGUUCUCUUCCUAGCACAAUCUCCAGUUCAUAUAUGUCUGUCAAGGGCUCAAUAAAAUGCCCUGUGCCUCCUUCCAACCCCAUAACCCUGGAAGCCAAAGUUGAUGACUUGCGAUUUAAAGUGGAUCAGCUCCUAACCAGGAGCUCCGAAAGAGGCUGUUCGAUGUGUGGGACCUGUGCCCAGCACAGCUCCCUGCAGGAGGCUCUGACCAAUCAGCUGUCAGCUCAGACCAAACUCCUGGAUAGUCUGGAGAGGAAAGUCACGGAGAUGAGAACAGCCCUGGAGGAGCUGGCUCAAGGUCUGGAGGAGAGACAUUGUGAAAGAGUGUCUGUGCCUUUAGUUGCUCUACAAAGAAGGAAAUCGCUGCCUGUCCGAACCUCUGCGGAGGAAGUCUAUGUGCGCUUGGAUACACAUAGAGACCGUAAAAUAGUGCCAUGUGCCCUUAAUUUGCCCUCUGAGAAAGGAUUAUUGCUAGAAGUCAUUGAAAGCAAUAAAAUGAGAAAAGAGGACCAUCAAACUAAAAGAGAUUCAUCAGAGGUCAAAGUUCAGCAUGAAGCUAAAAAUAAAGGAGAAAGAGAAAUAUCUACUCUAAAAUCAAAAUUGGACAUAUCACAUCACAAGCAAACACAGAACAUGAAUGAGGUUGAAAAUAAGAAUAUGCCACCAAACCAGAAUGACAUAAAAAUACCCAGUGUUGCAACUUCUGCAACAAUGGUGACCCAGAAGUUGGUCACAACCACAAGCAUUGUUCCAGCAAAGAUAGAAGUCCAAGAUGACAGAAAAGUGGAACCACCGAAUAGUAAAAUACCAAAGAUGACAACAACAAUGUCUGUUCCUGUGGCUUCAUCCAACACUAUCAAAACAGAAAAUGCCACUGUUCUCCAAAAUCAUAUUGUACCAAAGACAACUGGAAUGGUUGCUCCUACAGCAACAACAAUGGCUCCAAGUAUGGUCACAUUGGUACCCAACAAUUCUUCCAAGCUGACUUUGUCAGAAGUCACUACAGAUUCAACGCCAAGUCAUAAACCUCCCAAACCAAGUCCAGUUCCACCUGUAACCACUACACAGAGUUAUGGAAAGUCAACACUGAAUACUACUACAAAAAUGGCAACAUCACAAGAGACAUUGCCACCUCCAAGCCAUAAGCCACCAAAAACUAUUGGGUUGACUGUUACCACAGCAACAAAGGAAGCCUCCUCUCUCAGACAAGUGCACAGCUGCCCUUAUUCUUUGCAAAAAUUUCAGGUCACUGGAGAAAAGGCAGAUUCAACCCACACGGUAACCACACCACUGGCAAAGAGAGGGAGCGAAGCAGCCGGAGUUGUAAACAACAUAGCAGGUGGAAUACAGAUUAAAAUAAACCCAGCAGCAGACAAGAAUCCAGCUCCGAUGAAAAGCAAUAACCCUCCUAAAACCUGUUUCAAAAUUAUAGAUGAUGUUCCACCUCAGCCUGCCCCUUUUGCACACCGGUUUGUUUCAUUGAAGUCCAACCCUCCAUCCUGUGAUGUCUUCAGUAUUCACACCAGAGAGGUGCUGGGAGGUGGUCGUUUUGGCAAGGUGCACAAAUGUACAGAAAAUAAGACAGGAAUGAGACUCGCUGCUAAGAUCAUCAAUACACGAAAUGCCAGAGAAAGGGAUAUGGCACUGAAUGAGAUACAAGUAAUGAAUCAAUUGAGUCACCUCAACGUCCUCCAACUCUAUGAAGCCUUUGAGAUCAAGAAUCAGGUUGUGCUAAUCCUGGAAUAUGUGGAGGGAGGUGAGCUGUUUGAAAGAAUCGUGGAUGAGAGCUGCCCUCUGACUGAGGUGGAUGCUAUGGUAUUUGUGAAACAGAUCUGUGAGGGUGUCCAGUACAUGCACCAGAUGUAUGUUCUUCAUCUGGAUCUUAAGCCAGAGAACAUUCUUCUUGUUAAUCGCUCUAGUCAUCAGGUGAAGAUCAUUGACUUUGGACUUGCCAGAAGGUACAAACCACGAGAGAAGCUCAAAGUGUCAUUUGGAACACCUGAGUUUUUAGCUCCAGAGGUGGUGAAUUUCGAUUUUGUCUCGUUCCCUACAGAUAUGUGGACGUUAGGAGUUGUCACUUACAUGCUCAUUAGUGGCCUCUCUCCUUUUCUGGGUGAUGAUGACAGCCAGACCCUCAACAAUGUACUCAUGGGCAAUUGGUACUUUGACGAGGAUGCCUUUGAACAUGUCUCGGCUGAGGCUCGGGACUUUGUCACCAACCUGCUGAUCAGAGAGAGAAGUGGUCGUCUGAGUGCUGCCCAGUGUCUAAAACACCCUUGGCUUAACAACAUCUCUCAGAAGGCAAAGAGUGCUAAUAUUGUGCUCAAGUCGCAGGUUCUCCUGAAGAAAUACAUGGCCAGGCGAAUGUGGAAGAAAAACUACAUAGCCAUUGCUGCGGCCAAUAGGUUUAAGAAGAUCGGAAGUUCAGGUUCCCUGACUUCGAUUGGAAUCUGAGAGUGUUCUAACUCACUAAAGAGAAGUCCUGUCGACUGUGCCCACUAUGUGUGCUUUUUAAAUAUGCAGAUCAUGCCUUUGUGAUUGCUGUGUUGCAUUGUCACUUUUCAUAUUUGAGCACUUACUGGUUGCCAUUUAGAUCAUUCAACUAAUUAUGUAAAACAUAAAGCUUAUAGUAUACAGUAUAAUGCACAAGCAAACUGUAACAUGCAAUGAUAAAAUACAAAUUUCUCGCAAAUGUACACAUUUUUUGUGCACCAUAAAGUUAAACAGUGGUGUUAGUUGGGUACAAAUAAAGGUUUCUGAU